AUGGCUGCUGGUGGCAUUGACACAAAGAAAAAACUGAUUAAAAAUGAACGGCAGACAUGGCCACAAGCCAACCCGCAAGCGCCAGCCACAGAAUAUGGAGAGCAAACAGAGCACCAAGCGGGCAACACACGGCGCCCACUGCGCCACCAUCCCCGGAAAGGCCAGAGACCACACUGGGACUCACGCACGCAGAAAUGGAGCAUCGGCUCACCAGCAACCUCAGAG